CCCCACUGGAGAUCAAACACUUACCUAAUGAAUUUUUCAAAUUAAUCAAUGGAAAUAUUUUCGAGCAACAAAAUGUAUGGAAAUGGCACGCAUCGAUGCCGUAUCAGACAUCACGCUUCGCUUCAUACUUCAAAGUUUUGCCAGAAGGUCAACAAUUAGCGGGAGUUGCCAGAUACUACACAAACUACCUACCUUGUUCUUAUCGUUUCUUUUUAACUUAUUAUUUAAAUAGUAUCGAUAUAGUUUUAAGUGUUUUGAAAGUUCGAAAGGAUGUUUGGUACGAAAUUUGUUAUAAACAAAGUUGUAGAUCAAUCAGAACUUCCACAAAUUAUUGCGAUUGUUAUUAGUUGCAUACCCAGUUUUAUCACAGGACUGAUCAUAGCUUGGCCUUCGCCGUCAAUACCAAAAAUAGUAAACGACAAAGUAAACUACGACAUAUCAGAAGAUGAAGCUUCCUACUUUAGUUUCCUUAAUGCCACUGGACCAGUAUUACUAUCAGUAUUCAUCUCAAAACUCUGCGAUACUUUGGGGAGAAAAAGAACCCUAAUGUUGUCAGCGAUACCUCAUGCUAUAACCUGGAUCAUGAAGGCUUUUUGUACGAAUAUCAAUGCACUUUACGUAGCAAGAGCAUUAGGAAGCUUGGGUGAUACAUUUAUGUAUAAUUCGUUGCCUAUGUAUAUAGGAGAAGUGUGUACUCCAAGGGUUAGAGGAGUGUGGGGUAACGGUCUCAUAUGUGCUCUGUAUCUAGGUCUAUUUACCAUCAACACCAUUGGAGCUUAUUGCUCUGUGAAACUAACAGCUCUAAUUUGCUUAGUUUUUCCAAUAGUGUUCUUCAUUUUGUUCUGCUUUAUGCCAGAGUCCCCAUAUUACUACACCAUUAAAGGAAACGAUGAAGCUGCGAAACAAUCGUUAAAAUGGUUAAGAAGCAGUGACAAUGUCGAAGAAGAAUUUAUUAAACUUAAAGACAACGUCAACAAACAAAUGUCUGAGCCCAGUUCCUGGAAAGAUGUUCUGACUGUAGAAAGCAAUAGAAAAGCUUGUCUGGCUGGAGUAUUUUUAAGAGUGUCUCAAAACUUUUGUGGUCUUUUAGCAUUCUCGGUGUAUGCCCAAUACAUCUUUGAAAAUGCUGGUGACAUCAUAGAUCCAAAAGUUUCUUCUAUUUUAUACACAGGACUGUCAUUUUUAUGUUAUAUAAUCGCUUCUAACUUUUCCGACAAGCUGGGAAGAAGACUGUCGUAUAUAAUAUCCAUCAGUCUUACUACAGUCCCUUUGUUUGUCAUAGCUAUUUACUUUGUUAUAAAAGAAUAUGCUCCUCAGCUACACAUCACCAAUUAUGACUUCCUUCCUCUGGUGUGCAUGAUAGUCUACAUCAUUUUAGCUUCUUUUGGGACAGGUCUAGUUCCGACAUUAAUGCUUGGUGAGCUCUUUGCAGCGAAUGUUAAAGUUAAAAGUUUAAGCAUAGUUACCACGUUCUUCUCUUUGUCGUUCUGUGCGGCAAACAACCUCUUCUAUUACGUUUCCAAGUAUUGUGGUAUCUUUGGUCCGUUUUUUAUUUUUGGUGGGUGUAAUAUAGUUUCGGCCAUUGCAGCUUCAGUAAUUAUACCAGAGACUAGAGGUAAAACGUUGGAAGAGAUUCAGCAUCAACUAAAGAAAAAAGCACAAAAUAGUAAUGAUGCAUGAUAAACAAUGUUUUUUAAAAGUUUUGUACAUUUUUUAUUUAUAUGUUCUUUAUAUUUAGUGAUAGAUUUUUGUACAAAAAAGUAAUAUAAUUAUUCGACAACGUG